AUGUUGCGGGCACAAAACGCUGCCGCAGUGACCAUCGACGAGGAACCAAAACUCUUCAUUACCGACCCUUCCGAUCUCGAAUACUUCACCGAAGGCGCUGCCAAUGUUUUAUAUCGUUAUACCGGGAAGGAUGGUCAAUUUAAACCCCAUCUCAUCCGUCUCCGAAAGAAUAUCCCAAACUUUCCCACGACUUUACAGUUAUACACACAUCUCCUCAAGGUCUUUGUACCAUUAUUAUCCAACUUAAUUGUCGAUACAAAACUCGUUCAAAUCUCUCCGGACGUUCUAAGGGCUCUUAAUAUCCGACUCCAACAGCAUGAUCGCGGUCCUGCAUUUCCCGAUGGGUUACCGCCCAACAUCGGUGCUGGUAAAAGGAAAGGAAAACUCGAUGAAACCGAAAAGUGGGGGCUGAUGGUGGAGGAUAUGACACCGGGGAUUUAUCAGAAAUACAAUAUCGCAAAUGCGGCUUUAGAGAAGAAAAGGCGGGGGAAAGGUGGUAGCGGUGGUAGCGGUGGUGGUAGUACUGAUGCUUUCAGCUCGUUUUCACUACUGAAAGAGAGUUUGAAACAACAGCAGCAGUCGUGUCAAGAAAAGAAAAGAGACGAGGACUUUGAAAACGAAUUUACCGCUAGCUCUAUGGAUGCUAAGGCAUUGACGAAAGCUGGAUGGAGGGAUUUAUUGACUGUGGAGUUUAAACCAAAGUAUUUGGUACAAUCGCCCGAUGCGCCAAAGGAUUGGAAGUUAUGCAGGACAUGCGCAUUUAGAAGUAUGAGGUCAAGGAGUAUGUCCGGAAUAUCUACCACCAGCGUGACCUCGGAAGGAGAAGAAGGCCGACAUUUCAUUCCUCCGGAUUACUGUCCACUGGAUCUAGUAUCAACAGAUCCCGAUCGGGUAACAAGAGCAGUAGAAGCGAUCGUAAACCGAGAGGACGGCGUCUUAGUCGUCGACGAAGCCGAGAUUCUAGUCACGGAUACAGCAUUAGGCGAAGACGGAAUAUCACCUUGGCUGGAUACACUGGAUACCUCGAUCAUCGAUCUCUUAGGGAGUUACUUUUCGGAUCCUGCCUGCGUUACCCACGUUCUAGCAGAUUUACAAGCACAUUUUGGAGGGAAAGUUGGAGUAUUAGCACCGCCGACCCCGACGUUGGAAGUCUCGGCUGAAGAGUUAUCGAGGAUGUUGGCGGGACAUCCGACGACGGCCAAGAUUGGGGAGGAUAUAUGUACGGCUAUGAGUUUGAGGGAUUGUACGGUUUAUGUGAGGAUAUGGGUUAAAGCCAAAAGUUGUGGUGGUGGUAGUGGGAUUGAUGUUCAUAUUGAAUGUAAAGUUGGAGACCUCGAUAUGAAAACUGGGGAAGGCGGAAAAGGCGUCUACUGGCGAGACGUAGAAAAACGACUAUUACGAGGAGAUUGGUACACCGGCCGUGGAAUGAUCGAUGGGGCCGGAUGCAGAGACGAACAUGAAUACCAACAAUCCAACGACGAAAACAACUUUACGGAUUAUAUUCUUACUCAGGAACCAACGGAGCUCUUGAGGAAUGGGAGUAGCGAAAGCUUUCAGUUAUCAAGCGAUUUUUUGAAGGUUCCCAAGAGUGGGGUUCCUAAGCCUAGUCUAUUGUCGACUAGUACUACGGCUGCUGCGUGA